UAACAAAUUCUUUUAUUUCGUUUUAAGGUGUAUGUUUGAUAUUACCACCAUGAGAAUCACGAAGACUGGAGCACCCUUUGUUACCAAUUAUGCCGGGAAACACGCCGUCCUCCUAAUCAUCACUUUACUUCUAUUCAAGUGUACCACUGUGGUUUCCGGAGGCGGCGCUCACGUUGGAGGUGUAGGCCAUGCUCAUGUAGGAGGCGCUCUCAGUGUAGGAGGAGGCCAUGCUAGUGUAGGAGGAGGCCAUGCUAGUGUGGGAGGUGGUCAUGUUAGUGUAGGAGGAGGAGGCCAUGCUAGUGUGGGAGGUGGUCAUGUUAGUGCAGGAGAAGGAGGCCAUGCUAGUGUAGCUUCUGAAGGAGGAGAAGUUGUAGGAGGUGGUCAUGCUUCUGAAGGAGGAGGCCAUGCUGUUGGAGGCGGUGGCGGCCAUGGAGAAGAAGAAGGUGGACAUGGGAUCGGAAGAGGCGUCGGUAUGGUUCAUCGACCAGCGAAGAGGAACGGAGGCUCUGCACUAGUGACUCCCUUUGCCGAUAGAUUUGCAACUGCUUUCUUGAUCAUCGUUUUUUUUCUUUAA